AUGGGUACGGCCCAGCCUCGGUUUCUGCUCGCGCUCGUCGUGGCGUCUCUGAACUUACUCGCGGUUUUUGCGGCGCUCCCUCCUGAUGGGUACUACGACGCGAGCGAGAUUUCCGGUCUCGAGGAAGCAUACGACGCGCGCGCGCUCUUCGAGGCCGACAACGAGGCUGCAGUUGACUCCGUUGACUGGGUUGAAUCCGACAACUCGGAGGAUCCGCGAAUCCUGGCGGAUGUGGCGGCGGACUUGACUCAGUCGUCAGACGGCGCCAGCGGCAGCCUGAGCGCGAAGAAAUCGCCGCUCGCCGGGCAGGCGGGGACGACCGUGCGCGCGGGCCAGUCCGCCGACUCCGCGGCUUCACCCAAUGGCAAGUCCAUCGCCGCGCGGCACAAGAAGGGGAAGCAGGGGAAGAGGAAGCACUGCGUGCGGCGUAGGAGAGGCAGGUGCGUCAAGUGGGCAGCGACGAAGCAUCGUCAUACCAGAACGACCAAGAAGACAACCGGCGACCUGAAAACUGCUGACAGGGCAUCCGCGAAGCCGAAGGGCGCUGAGAGUGACGUGCCGGCGGUUGGGAAGAAGGGAGCGGCACCCGUCAGCACCUUUGAGUCGACACUAAAGAAGGGGGCGGGAGGUGUCAGCAGCUCGGGCGCCGACAGCAACUCGGGCGCAGCCCCCCAGCCGCGCGCUCUUCUCGAGGCCGACACCGAUGCCUCACUUGAAACCGUUGACCCCUUUGACUCGGUUGAAUUCGAGGACCCGCGUGUGCUCCGCACGGUGGAGGAUUUCGCGGCGGACUUGAAGCGGUCGUCGGAUGACCUGAGCGGCGCCGUGAAGGAUUCCCUCGGGCAGGCGGGGAGGAACGUGCGCAAUUCGUUCGAUCGAACGUUCCACACUGGCAGGUUCGCGCCCAAGCGGGGGAGGAAGCACCACGGCGGGAGGAAGCACUCCAGGGGAAGCGCCACUACACCCAACCGGGGCGGAGCUAAGGUCAACCUGGGCGCAGACCCCAAGACUCCCGCUGCCCCCGCUGCUGGCAAGCCUGCCCCUGGGACAAAGCCGGUGAAGGGUAACCUGGGCACCAUUCCCAAGACUCCCGCUGCCCCCGCUGCUGGCAAGCCGGCCCCUGGGAUGAAGCCGCAGGGAGCAAAAGGCAACUCGGGCGGAGCCCCAAAGCUGCCUGGUGCUCCCGCUGCUGGCACGUCGGGAGGUGGGAAUAAGCCGGGGAAGGGCAACUCGGGCGCAGCCCCCAAGCUGCCCACUGCUCCCGCUGCUGGCAAACCGGGCGGAGCCUUCAAGCCCGCCGUUUGGAGGGGUUUCUCUCGGUUCAAGGAGCCUCUUUUAUUGAACGUGUGCAUGAGCUACGAUGUGCUGGUGCAGAGUGAGGGAGCAUCAGUGAUGUGUGCGUUGAAGGAGGGGGCCGGCAUGAGAGGUUGGAGUUGGGAGGGGCGAGAAGGGUCAAUAAACAAGCUAUUCCAUGCAGGGUCAGCCUUUGCCUUCUAG